CUUCCUUUUGCCUGGUGUGGAGGGUGAGAGGAGCCUUCGGGGGUCUCUGCACACACCAUGAUGGCGAUGCUAUAGCUGAUGGAGGUGAAUGCAAAUGGUUAUGAGCCUUAGAGUUUCUGAACUCCAAGUACUGUUGGGCUACGCUGGGAGAAACAAGCACGGACGCAAACACGAACUUCUCACAAAAGCCCUGCAUUUGCUAAAGGCUGGCUGCAGUCCUGCUGUACAAAUGAAAAUUAAAGAACUCUAUAGGCGGAGGUUCCCCCAGAAAAUCAUGACGCCUGCGGACUUGUCCAUCCCCAACGUACAUUCAAGUCCUAUGCCAGCAACUUUGUCUCCAUCUACCAUUCCACAACUCACUUACGAUGGUCACCCUGCAUCAUCACCGUUACUCCCUGUUUCUCUUCUGGGACCUAAACAUGAACUGGAACUCCCACAUCUUACAUCAGCUCUUCACCCAGUCCAUCCGGAUAUAAAACUUCAAAAAUUACCAUUUUAUGAUUUACUGGAUGAACUGAUAAAACCCACCAGUCUAGCAUCAGACAACAGUCAGCGCUUUCGAGAAACCUGUUUUGCAUUUGCAUUGACACCACAACAAGUGCAGCAAAUCAGUAGUUCCAUGGAUAUUUCUGGGACCAAAUGUGACUUCACAGUGCAGGUCCAGUUAAGGUUUUGUUUAUCAGAAACCAGUUGUCCACAAGAAGAUCACUUCCCACCCAAUCUUUGUGUGAAAGUGAAUACAAAACCUUGCAGCCUUCCAGGUUAUCUUCCACCUACUAAAAAUGGUGUGGAACCAAAGCGACCCAGCCGACCAAUUAAUAUCACCUCACUUGUCCGAUUGUCCACAACUGUACCAAACACCAUUGUUGUUUCAUGGACUGCAGAAAUUGGAAGACUUCUUUUCCCAUUUAGGUUAUUGCAGAGUAUUGAGCAGAGUUCCCUGUGCUAUACAAACUAUUCCAUGGCAGUAUAUCUUGUAAAACAGUUGUCCUCAACAGUUCUUCUUCAGAGGUUACGAGCAAAGGGAAUAAGGAAUCCGGAUCAUUCUAGAGCUUUAAUUAAAGAGAAAUUGACUGCGGAUCCAGACAGUGAAAUAGCUACAACCAGCCUGAGGGUUUCUCUACUAUGUCCACUUGGUAAAAUGCGGCUGACAAUUCCAUGUCGGGCCCUUACAUGUUCUCAUCUGCAGUGUUUUGAUGCAACUCUUUAUAUUCAGAUGAAUGAGAAAAAACCAACUUGGGUUUGUCCUGUCUGUGAUAAGAAGGCUCCAUAUGAACACCUUAUUAUUGAUGGCUUGUUUAUGGAAAUCCUAAAGUACUGUACAGAUUGUGAUGAAAUACAGUUUAAGGAGGAUGGCUCUUGGGCACCUAUGAGAUCAAAAAAGGAAGUACAGGAAGUUUCUGCCUCUUACAAUGGAAUUGAUGGAUGCUUGAGCUCCACAUUAGAGCACCAAGUGGCUUCUCAUCACCAGUCCUCAAAUAAAAGUAAGAAAGUAGAGGUGAUUGACCUAACCAUAGACAGUUCAUCUGAUGAAGAGGAGGAAGAGCCAUCUGCCAAGAGAACCUGCCCUUCUCUCUCUCCCACAUCACCACUAAGUAAUAAAGGCAUAUUAAGUCUUCCACAUCAAGCAUCUCCAGUGUCCCGCACCCCAAGCCUCCCUGCUGUAGACACAAGCUAUAUUAACACAUCCCUCAUCCAAGACUACAGACAUCCUUUCCACAUGACACCCAUGCCUUAUGACUUGCAAGGAUUAGAUUUCUUUCCUUUCUUAUCAGGAGACAAUCAGCAUUAUAACACCUCCCUGCUUGCCGCCGCAGCAGCAGCGGUUUCAGAUGAUCAAGACCUCUUACACUCGUCUCGGUUUUUCCCAUAUACCUCCUCACAGAUGUUUCUCGAUCAGUUAAGUGCAGGAGGCAGUACUUCUCUGCCAACCACCAAUGGAAGCAGCAGUGGCAGUAACAGCAGCCUCGUAUCCUCCAACAGCCUAAGGGAGAGCCAUAGCCACACCGUCGCAAAUAGGAGCAGCACGGACACAGCAUCCAUCUUCGGCAUCAUACCAGACAUUAUUUCAUUGGACUGAUUCCCUUGCCCCUGCUGCUCCCAUCCCUACCCCAGAUUAAAUGAACUUGGUAGAAAGAAGAGAACUUUGUGCUAUGUUUUACCUUAUUCUGU